UCUGUUGAGUUUGAUCCCAGACGGUAACCGGAACUCGCAUAGGCAAAAUAGGAAAUAAGAAUUUAUCAAAUAAUCAUUCACAAUGGAUACUGACAGCAUUUCAAAUUUCGUAACAAAACAACAAAUUCCAAAUAUUUUUGCUCUUUCAGCAGCAUUUGGGGAUAAAAUAGUUAUUUCACAUAAAUACAAAUAUAUUUUUAUACCAAAUGGAAGUUAUACAGAGGGUGGAUCAGGCUACAGUCACUGAUACGCCUAAAGUUAAGCGCCGAUCUAAAGAAAAAAUAACGAAAAUUGUUGAAGGAGCAACCGCAGGCAACGAUGAUGCUGAAGUGGGCACUAAAAAGGUGCCAAGAACUCAACUUAAAAAAAAAUUGACCGACUUAUCAGCAGAAAAUCAAAACCUAAGCCAGGCUAUUAGCGCGAAAAACGCAGAAAUAUCAGAUCUAAAACGUUCAGUCCAAUCUCUAAAUGAAGUGCUUAACUCAGUGCCUAUUGAUGAACUGCGAUGCAAUUCGUCAAUAGCAAGCUCGAAAUUAUUGGAGCUAAGCAAGAAAAACCGCCAAUUACGUGCCGAGUUGGAAACUACCAAGAACCGUGUUAAUAAAAAGGAAAUGCAAAUACAAAAACUGGAACGUGAGCUAAAACACGUCGAGGAUAGAGCACACAAUGCAGCGGCUGAGACACACAAGGAUGCCUCGGAUGAGCUGCGCGCCAAGCUAACCGCACUACAGCAAAAGUUAUUUGAGACCCGCAAUAAAAACUCUGAGCUACAAUGUCAACUUAAACUCGCCCAAAAAUGUCUGCAACAGGAAAUCGGUGAACAUUUCAAUUUAGCUACAAUGGCAGCCCAAGCACAUAACUCUAAUUGGCGUGGUCGCGCACAACAAAUCCUGCAUCUACAACAGAAAAUUCAUGAAUUAAAGGAGCGGCUGGAUAUUGUGGACAGGCAUUGCAUGGAUGGACGUCCUAUUCCUUAUGGCUCUGAUGGCAUCACUCAAUCUGAAUCGGCACCUACGAGCGCCGCAAAGAGUGUUGGUGGUCGUCCGGGCAGACAUGAAGAGGCGAAACUUGCAACGAAUGCAAGUGCAACCUCAUUUGAUCGCUACAAUACAGUCGUGCGGAAGACAGAAAUACUGCAUCGCGCUAAGGUUGAAGGCCUGGAGAAAGAAAUUGUCGCACUUAAAGGGCAAUUGGAGGAACAACGUGGCAAAGUGUUGGCUCUGAAGGUGCGCAACAAAACACUCAAUGACGAUGUGUUGAAAUUUAAGAUAAAAGCCAAUUCGUUGGAGGAGCAAACUGAUUAUAAUGGCUUAAAUUUAGCGAAUAUGAAUGAGAAGAUGAAUGUGCAACGCUAUCACUAUGAAAAUCGCUUGGAAGAGAUGACGCGCCAGUUGAACGAUUUGAAGCGCAUACAUAAGGAUGGUGAAUUUCGUGAAGAGGAGCUGCGGGUUAAGUUGGAGAAUAUGGAAAAUUUAGUACAAGGCAAAGAUACGCAUAUUGAAGAGCUUAAUCAGAAUAUAGCGCGUUUGGAAACUGAUCUCAAAGCUUUAGCGGGCGGUUUUCUUUUCUCAUGUCGCGAGCUGCGCAAAGAGGAAUUCAUCACUAUACUCGACGCAUUAGAAGCUGAAAAAAAUCAUUUACUCGAACACAAUAAAACACUCAUUGCACGCAGCGAACAGGAUCGUAUAAAGAAUGAAGCGCUUCACGAGCAGGUGGCUAAACAAAACGGGCGCAUAUCACGCUUAGAAUCGCGCAUACGUGAGCUUGAGAAGGAAUUGGAAAUGCAGUCAGAGCGGAAGAAACGUACGCAACGCAUUGCGGACUAUGUAAACAGCGUGAGUUCUUCAGUGUCAUCAAUGCGCACCUUCGUCUUUGAGAGUUCUUCGCUGAAUAAUCUAUCGCAUGCAGCGGUUGAGGAGAUGACACAAGCGCAAAUUUAUCAAAUGAAGCAUGAGCUCGAAUAUGCCAAGGAGAAGCUAAUCUAUUUGACUGAAAAGGUGUUGUAUUUGCAGGAAGAGAAAGAAAAUGAUGCGCGCGCCUUUGCUGAUAUAAUAAACAGUUCAAAAAGUGUUGUGUUGGAUACAAUAUUGAAGAAUCGAAGCAGUGCUUCGCUCUCAGUGGAAAUUAACACUGGGGAAUCGUUAUGA